UGUGUGUGUGUGUGUGUGUGUGUGUGUGUGUGUGUUCUGGUAAUCAUCACUUUGUGGGGACAAGAAUCUGUUUACACAGUCACGUAAUGGGGACCUCUUGCGUUGUGGGGACCAAAAAUCAGGUCCCCAUAAGGUUAACCCAUUUAAUUGGAUAGAGGAACUAUUCUGAAGGUUCUGGGCGGAGUUUUAGCAUUGGCCCAUAACACAUGAUUAUCAAGUAUUGUGCGUGUGUGUAGCGGGAGCUCUGCUGCGCCCCCAAACAUUUUUGUCUGGUAAUGCACUCACUUCUCCACACACACAUUUUCCAAUUAUGGGUGGGUACCGCCCACUUCCGGGUCCUCGUUAGGAAGGAGUUCGACAGCAACUUGAAAAUACAAGUAUUAAAUUGACAACGUUACUUCACACGGAGAACAAAGAAGAAGAUUAACGUUAUUUACUGAAGAUGCCAACGAUCUGAACUUCUGCCGAGGAUAAAAGUGAAGCUUAAGUUUGAAAUGCCACCACGAAUCAGCCCCCUUAAGGAUGCCAUGCAUCAUGUUGUUUCAAAAACUGACAAAACAUUCAAAUUAGAUGUGAAGUAUAUCAAUGCAGUGAAAGGACGUGGUCUAUUUGCAAAGGCUGCCUUUUGCAAAGGUGAUUUUGUUGUUGAGUACAGGGGAGAUAUGAUAAAUGAAGCAGAACUUCAGAGGAGAAGAAAACGUUACCACGCAUCCUGUGCUGCAUUUAUGUUUGAUUUCAAGUGGCGAGGGAAAACAUGGUGUAUUGACGCGUCAAGGGAAGAUGGAUCGUAUGGGCGUAUCGCUAAUGAUUGCCACAAUCAUCCAAAUUGUAAGAUGAAAAAAAUUGACGUCAAUGGAAAGCCUCACCUUUGUCUGUUUGCCCUGAAUGACAUUAAAGAAGGAGAAGAAAUUGCCUAUGAUUAUGGGGGAGAAGACUACCCAUGGAGAACACAAAUGACCAGAGUUGCUGUUAAUACCAGCACAGUGAAUGACUCUGAUCCUUCUCUCCAGUCAGUGACUCAGAUGGAUGAAGAAUCUGCUCAAAUCAACUCUCCUCAACAGAUGACCAGAGUUGCUGUUAAAACCAGCACAGUGAAUGCCUCUGAUCCUUCUCUCCAGUCAGUGACUCAGAUGGAUGAAGAAUCUGCUCAAAUCAACUCUCCUCAACAGAUGACCAGAGUUGCUGUUAAUACCAGCACAGUGAAUGACUCUGAUCCUUCUCUCCAGUCAGUGACUCAGAUGGAUGAAGAAUCUGCUCAAAUCAACUCUCCUCAACAGAUGACCAGAGUUGCUGUUAAAACCAGCACAGUGAAUGACUCUGAUCCUUCUCUCCAGUCAGUGACUCAGAUGGAUGAAGAAUCUGCUCAAAUCAACUCUCCUCAACAGAUGACCAGAGUUGCUGUUAAAACCAGCACAGUGAAUGACUCUGAUCCUUCUCUCCAGUCAGUGACUCAGAUGGAUGAAGAAUCUGCUCAAAUCAACUCUCCUCAACAGAUGACCAGAGUUGCUGUUAAUACCAGCACAGUGAAUGACUCUGAUCCUUCUCUCCAGUCAGUGACUCAGAUGGAUGAAGAAUCUGCUCAAAUCAACUCUCCUCAACAGAUGACCAGAGUUGCUGUUAAAACCAGCACAGUGAAUGACUCUGAUCCUUCUCUCCAGUCAGUGACUCAGAUGGAUGAAGAAUCUGCUCAAAUCAACUCUCCUCAACAGAUGACCAGAGUUGCUGUUAAUACCAGCACAGUGAAUGACUCUGAUCCUUCUCUCCAGUCAGUGACUCAGAUGGAUGAAGAAUCUGCUCAAAUCAACUCUCCUCAACAGAUGACCAGAGUUGCUGUUAAUACCAGCACAGUGAAUGACUCUGAUCCUUCUCUCCAGUCAGUGACUCAGAUGGAUGAAGAAUCUGCUCAAAUCAACUCUCCUCAACAGAUGACCAGAGUUGCUGUUAAUACCAGCACAGUGAAUGACUCUGAUCCUUCUCUCCAGUCAGUGACUCAGAUGGAUGAAGAAUCUGCUCAAAUCAACUCUCCUCAACAGAUGACCAGAGUUGCUGUUAAUACCAGCACAGUGAAUGACUCUGAUCCUUCUCUCCAGUCAGUGACUCAGAUGGAUGAAGAAUCUGCUCAAAUCAACUCUCCUCAACAGAUGACCAGAGUUGCUGUUAAUACCAGCACAGUGAAUGACUCUGAUCCUUCUCUCCAGUCAGUGACUCAGAUGGAUGAAGAAUCUGCUCAAAUCAACUCUCCUCAACAGAUGACCAGAGUUGCUGUUAAUACCAGCACAGUGAAUGACUCUGAUCCUUCUCUCCAGUCAGUGACUCAGAUGGAUGAAGAAUCUGCUCAAAUCAACUCUCCUCAACAGAUGACCAGCGUUGCUGUUAAAACCAGCACAGUGAAUGACUCUGAUCCUUCUCUCCAGUCAGUGACUCAGAUGGAUGAAGAAUCUGCUCAAAUCAACUCUCCUCAACAGAUGACCAGAGUUGCUGUUAAAACCAGCACAGUGAAUGACUCUGAUCCUUCUCUCCAGUCAGUGACUCAGAUGGAUGAAGAAUCUGCUCAAAUCAACUCUCCUCAACAGAUGACCAGAGUUGCUGUUAAAACCAGCACAGUGAAUGACUCUGAUCCUUCUCUCCAGUCAGUGACUCAGAUGGAUGAAGAAUCUGCUCAAAUCAACUCUCCUCAACAGAUGACCAGAGUUGCUGUUAAAACCAGCACAGUGAAUGACUCUGAUCCUUCUCUCCAGUCAGUGACUCAGAUGGAUGAAGAAUCUGCUCAAAUCAACUCUCCUCAACAGAUGACCAGAGUUGCUGUUAAAACCAGCACAGUGAAUGACUCUGAUCCUUCUCUCCAGUCAGUGACUCAGAUGGAUGAAGAAUCUGCUCAAAUCAACUCUCCUCAACAGAUGACCAGCGUUGCUGUUAAAACCAGCACAGUGAAUGACUCUGAUCCUUCUCUCCAGUCAGUGACUCAGAUGGAUGAAGAAUCUGCUCAAAUCAACUCUCCUCAACAGAUUGUGAUACAACACCGAAAUGAAAAUGACAUUUUUGUACCAAGACUGAGACGGACUAAAAGUAUUGUGAUGAAAGACAUUGAUCUUCAAGAUUCUGGUGAGCUCUUUGAUUCUACACCAGAGAGUUCAGAUAAUUAUGUUCCAGAUACCACUUCCGACAGUGACUGUGACAGUGAUGUUAGCCUUACACUGAACCCAACAAAACGUCAGCUUCUUGAUCAACUGGAUAUGAAUGAAUCUGCCUCUGUAAGCUCCCCUGACUGUGACUCAACAACGUCAGACAAUAUGCACAGCGUUACGUCUAAAGCAUCUGGAACAGUAGAAGAGCCCAGUUCAAGUCAGAACACAAUAGACUGCGUAGUUGUUAAUGCAUACCAUAAAAGAGAUGGUGGUAGAGUGUAUAACAAGAGACAUUACUGCUUGUAUUGCUCCAAACCUUACGCUAAGAUGGCAAGGCAUCUAGAAAGUUCACAUGCAAAUACAUCUGAUGUGGCUAGAGCUCUAAGCUUUCCAAAAUGUUCAAAGGAGAGAAAAAAACAGUUGGAUUAUAUUCGCAACAAAGGGAACUAUGCCCACAAUGCUGCGGUUAUGGAAUCAGGAAAGGGGGAACUGGUGCCAUUUAAACGACCACCUAAAAAAGCACUGGGAGAGGAUUUCAUGCAUUGUGCAUACUGUCAAGGACUUUUUACGAGAAAGGUCCUUUGGCGACAUAUGCGUUCUUGCAGACUUAAACCUCAGUCAGUCCCCCCCAAACCAGGAAAAAACCGUGUUCAGUCCAUGUGUACAUACACGGGGCCUGUGCCUUCAAACAUGACCAAACAACUGUGGGGAGUAAUCAGUGCCAUGAAUCCUGACCCAAUCACAGAUAUUAUAAAAAAUGACAAAGUAAUUACUGAAAUUGGGCAGCACUUGUUGAACAAAGGAGGGAUAUCAGCCAAAAAUCAACAGUAUGUGCGGGAGAAGAUGCGAGAAUUGGGACGGUUGAUUCACAAGGCGAGGAGAGUCACCUCGUUAAAAACGAUGGAAGAUUGUGUAAAUCCAAAGAAGUACAUGGAGACUGUCAAAGCUGUGAAGUAUACGUGUGGGUAUGACAGUGAAACAGACAAGUUCAUGAUUCCAUCGCUUGCAAAUAAGCUUGGGAAUUCCCUGGUUAAAGUGAGCAAACUCUUAAAAGCUCAGGGAUUAAUCUCAAAUGACAAACAGCUUGUUAAGAAUGCCAGUGAGUUUCUAGAAGUCCAUCAGAACAAGUGGAACGAGUUGAUCUCGGCUACAGCAUUGAGGAACAUCAGUGAAGCAAAGUGGAAUGUGCCCACUAUCAUGCCCUUUACUGAAGACGUCCAGAAAAUGCACACACAUCUCAGUGAAGUGCAAGAGAAGUGGUUCAAAACACUCUCUGGAAGUCCCUCUACUAAAACCUGGAUGGAGCUGGCAAAGGUGUGUCUAGCCCAGAUGAUUCUCUUUAACCGCCGCAGGGAAGGAGAGGUUUCGAGUAUGCCUUUGUCUGCAUUUCUUUCAAGAGACACUUCUCAUCCACAUGAGGAUGUGGACUGGGCACUUUCUGAAGUGGAAAAAAAACUCUGCAGACACUUCACAAGGGUUAUCACAAGAGGAAAGCGUGGUCGACCAGUUCCAAUUCUUCUGACUCCAAAAAUGCUAUGUGCCUUAGAACUCCUUGUUAAGCAGAGAGAGGUUUGUGGGGUUCUGAAAGACAAUCCCUAUAUGUUUGCAAGACCAGAAGCCAUGACACAUUUUCGAGGGUCAGACUGCCUCCGUGGCUUUGCUAAGGUGUGUGGCGCAAAGUGUCCCAAGUCACUGACAUCUACAAGGCUGCGAAAGCAUGCCGCAACGCUUUCAACAGUGCUGAAUAUGACUGACACCGAGAUGGACCAGCUGGCAAACUUCCUUGGACACGACAUAAGAAUCCAUCGUGAGUUCUAUCGACUCCCUGAGAAGACCUUGCAACUUGCCAAGAUCAGCAAAGUUCUAAUGGCACUUGAACAAGGAAGAUUAGCUGAGUUCCAUGGCAAGAACUUGGAUGAAAUUGGGAUAGAUCCUGAUGAAAAAGUUCUUAACUCUGAUGAGGAAGACGAGAGCAUAACAGAGGGACUCUGUUCAUCUACUGUUGACGAACCAUCUUCAGAGGUGGCACUUCCUCCUACCGAGAGGAGUGACAUGCCGCCACCACCCAAGAGACGCAGACUACCAGCAGAUGAAGAGAUGCCUACAGAAGCCAGUGCUGUGAGGCCUUCUUCCAAAGGUAAAAGUACCCAGAAGACACCCUGGCAGCAGACAGAGGUGCAGGCGGUGGAAAGGCACAUGCAGCGAUUCAUCACAUCGCUCACUGUACCAGCAAAGAGCGACUGUGAAAAGUGCUUGAAAGCUGAACCAGGAGCACUGAAGAACCGUGAUUGGAAGAAUGUAAAAUUUUACAUUUAUAAUCGUAUUACAGCUUACAAAAAGAAAUUCCAGUGCAAAUAAUAAUAAUGUGAACAUCAUGGCAGGUUUUGUUCAAAGAUUUUAAAGGGUUAAAGAUGUUUUAAGGUUUACUAUCCCUUUAAAACUACAGAAACACUUGUAGGCUAUAGAAUAAUUUUGUUUGCCAUAUGUUUUAUGAUGACUGUGAUGGCCACCAGUCGGAAAACAUUGAUCAAACAACAUUUCAAAUAGAGUGUCAUGUUUGCAGUACAGUAUGUUUAUGAUGACCGUGAUGACCACCAGUCGGAAAGCAUUGGUUGGACAAAGUUAAUUUAAAGUCGUAGUUUGUUUAAAUUCACAUGUAUGUGAAAGGAAGCAUGUGUGAAAGUUAUUUUUUUUUAUAUACUUUUAAUAUCAGGACCUUGUUUUUAGGUAUGACUUCAUUUUGAGUUUUGUGAAGCUGAGUUCAAUAAAAGUUGAAUUCCGCAA